ACUACUCUUUGGAUAAUACAUAACACUAGAGUAAACUUAACAAUGUUUUUAACGUUAUUUAUAAAUUCUAGAUUCUAGAAAAAGUAAAAAUAUUGAAUAUGGUAAACUCGAUAAGAGUGUUGUAAUAUAAAAUGGACCCAGAGGUUGCGAAAAAACUUUUUAUAGAGGGUGGGACGUUCGUGUUCUUGGGUGUACCAGAGGAAACACAAUUUGGUAUUGAUAUGCAGUGUUGGAACACUGAAGAAGAUUUUCGUGGUAUAAAAAUGAUACCACCUGGUCUUCAUUAUGUACAUUACUCAGCAGUGAGUAAAGGCACUGGAGAUGUAUCUCCUAGGUCAGGAUUUAUGCAUGUGUUUCAUAAGAAAGAGUUUCUUGUAAAAAUUUGGGAUAAGAAAACUGAAGAUAUGAGCAAAGAUGAAAUAAGUGAUGAGAGUGUUCAGCGACUGAAAGAUAAUUUGUUCAAUCUUGAUAAAUAUCUUGCGCCUUAUCCCUAUGAGAUUUGGGAGAAAUGGAAAAUGCUCACAUCCCAUAUAACAGGUGAGUUAGCAAUAAAAUUGUCACCUGUAAGUGGGGUUAUCAGAGCUGCAGUUGAUCUGCUGUCUAUGACAGAUGCUGAAAGACCAAGAGGACUUAAAGUACAAGAAUCUACCAAAAGUCAAGAAGGAAAUAUAGAACUUACAGUAGAGGAUGAAGCCACUCCAGGAUCAUCUGAUCCUAAACGAGCCAAAAGGGUAACUCUUGAGGAUAAAGAGAAUUUAUUGUUGCCAGAUUUGAAACCAGCUCCAGGUAUGGCACUGAGGUUUACAACAAUACCACGAGACAAAUACCCAGCAGGGUCUACACCAGAAGAAAUAACAAAACACUAUCUGGAUCAGUCAUACUCAUUAGAAUUAAUGAUAUCACAACAUGAUGAGCCCCUAGACAUCAUAGGAGAGCUUCAAUUUGCAUAUUUAUGCUUUCUUAUUGGUCAUUCCUUGGACGCAUUUGAGCAUUGGAAAAAUCUGGUUAUAUUGUUUUGCUCAUGUGAUGAUGCCAUACAAAAACAUAAAAGUAUCUUCUUUCAUUUUGUGAAAUCAUUGGAGACACAAAUAGAUGAAAUGCCAGAGGAAUUUUUAGCCGAUAUUGUAAUGAAUAAGAAUCUUGUAUACAAAAAACUGAGGGAAUUCUUUCGUACUGUUUAUGUAAGUAAAGUAGACGGUCGUCUUACUACAUUAAUAGAGGGUUUCAAAGAACAUUUGACAGAGAAACUCCAAUGGGACUUCACUGAAUUAGACGCUGAUGAAGAAGAUGAGCUACCGGUUAUUGUAAAUCUAAAUGAAAAUCAUGAUUAAAUUAGAAGUGACAUAGGAAUUGUCUUGAACUGAACUUCAUGUAAAUAAGCAGUGCUUUUCAUUGUUUAUAAGGGUGUAAUAGGAUACAUAAUUAUAUUUCAUUGAUAAUUAAUUAACGCACAGCCCAUACUACUAAAAUUUUGAAACUUAAAACAACCUA